AUGAGAUGUGAUCAAGAGACGGUUUUUCUAAAUGAAGAAUGGAUGAAUCCAAAGCUUUUCGAGACCGAACCAAUGGAGAAAGACACUUGGUAUCUUGACAACGGAGCAUCGAAGCACAUGACGGGUAAUCGAGCUUAUUUCUUUGAACUUAAUGAACGUGUCACGGGAAAGGUGAAGUUUGGAGAUGGAUCUUGUAUUGAUAUACGGGGAAAGGGAUCGGUAUUACUUGAAGGGAAAACGGGGGAGAAGCGCCUGUUAACCGAUGUUUAUUAUUUACCGAGUUUACAAAGCAAUAUCAUAAGUCUUGGUCAAGCAACGGAAGGUGGAUGCGACAUUCACAUGAAAUGUGAUUUGCUAACCAUUCAUGAUGAUACAGGAAAGCUUAUGAUGAGGGUGACAAGGACCAAGAACCGUUUGUACAAGAUCAACCUCAAGAUAGCAAGUUCCGGUACACAAGAUAACAUGACUGGAAUAAAGAAUUUUGUGGGUAGGGAUCUACAAAGAGGUGAACUGAAAGAUGAUAUGGCAAGUGAGUUGGAGGAGGUUGAAGAGGUAGCGGCAGUGGUGGUGUUCGGGAGACUAGCCGGACCACCCCGAACGGCGGCAGCCGGCGGCGGUGGCCCCGAUGACUGCAACAGCGGGAGUAGUGGUUAUUUUUGGGUUGUUUCGGGCUAUAGUGGGUCAUGA